AUGGCUAGUACCAUUCAUAUUAAGAUGAUAGACAAGGAGGUGGAAAUAGAUUUGACAAAUGUUUUGACUCAAAGCACCAUAAAAAGCCAGUUUCUUCUACCUUCGAAUGCAGUUGUGUCAUUGAGCUACGAAAUUAACGAUUGUCAGAAAGGAUGCCAUAUGAACGAAGCGGGUACGGCAUUUUUGAUUCCGAAAAACUUUAAAGAAAUGCACUUCUUAGUGGAUUCCGAUAAAAUGCCCUCUAGACCUGCAACGCCAACACACGCACGCCCGAUCAGUCCAUAUCCCGACGGUAAUAUUGAAAUUGUUACUAAAAAUAUGUUUUACAUGUUGUUUAAUGCCAGUGAUUCGACGGGAAAAUUGACUGUUGCUUGCGUUCAUCCACGCUAUUUUGUGACAUUCCGUGACGGGACGCAUCUACAACUCGGAAACACUAUUAAGAUUUUCCCUGCAACGGCCCAGGAUCAACCUAGGAUCCGGCGUGAGAGUGGCUAUGAAGUAAAAGUCGUUGAUAUCAACGAGAAAUUGGAUUUCAUACUUCUCCGGAGUAAGGAGAACAUUGUUGAGACAGCACCACGAUUAGUCCGAGGAGAAGAGUCCGAAAUGUUUCUUCUGGCGGGAUUCGGCGAUAUGACUUCUGGCUCUCAGAAAUUAGCGUAUCACUUGUAUGCCAGAUUUCGGCUUUACACAUCUUGCGAUACCCGAGGCGGCCACCUACAGUCCUCAGCACAUUAUAUCUUCCGCAGUGCGCUUCGAGAAAUCACUUAUGGCUCAAUUGCAAAUAGAACACCAAAAUUCACCAAAAACCCUGCCAUCAAAAAAGAGGAAGCUUCUUCACACGGGAAUCGAAGGCCUUGGGUCCCAAACAUUGUUCAUAGAUGA